AUGGUUGAUGAGUUAAGUGCUAAAAUAAAACGUCUCAAAAAAGAAAGGAAAGAAGAAAUGAAUUUAUGUGAUGAGCGAGCACUAACUUCGGAACAACAAGAAAUAACAAGAGCAACUAAAACAGAGACAGGACUCCAAGAAUCAGUUAAAGAAACUAAAAGCUCUGAAACAAAACUUGAAGGUGCAGCAUUAUUGGUUUCUGAUAGCUAUCAUAAUGACAGGUAUACCGAGCCGGGAACAUGCAGCGAUCAAAAAGAAUCGAACAAUUCAAAGCUAAUUUCUGUAGAAAUACUCUCUGAUACUAAAAAUGCAAACAGAACAGAUCUUACUAGUUUACAUGAUGAAGAAAAUAAACGCGAUACGGAAACAAAUAUUACAACUGUGACAGAGAGAGAUACACAGGAGAAGAUGGGUGCAAAUUUUGAUACAAAAUCGAAUCAUUGUAAUGAAUCAAAUUCGAAUAACAUUCCAACAAACGCAAAGGCUUCUAAGAGAAAAUCUUCGAUUGCUACUAGAUCAAUGGAGGAUGACCGAAAUACAAGAGUAUUGCAUCCAAACACUUCUACAACGGUUGGCAGUAGUAAAUGUCAAAAUACCAUGGAAACUUCUGAUCCAGGAUUUAAAAAUAAUGAAUCAACUCUCAUAGUUAAAAACACAAAUGAUAAAUCAAAGCAGUACAGCUUAACGCAUCCCCAAACUGGAAGAAAGAAGAAAAAGAAAGGCAAACAGGAACUAAAUAUAUCUGUCGGCAAGAUACCUAAAGCCAAAAAGAAGUCGGUGACGAUUGGCACAACCAAUCCUGUGGCCUUAAACGCAAUGAAAAGUGCGGUUAAUACCAGACGUGCCACAAAAUCAUCUGGAUCUUCCUCAGCAGGCCCACCUUCAGGCUCACCUCCGAUAGCCCUGGCGCCUCGGCCUCACGAGGCAUUACCACCUCGAACAGUAUCAGUAGCUUCUACAGCUCCGCCUCAACCUCACGAGGCAUUACCACCUCAAGCAGUAUCUGCCUGUGCGGCUCCACCUUACGGCUUAUCUCUCUUCAUGCCGGCACCUAAACCUAAUGAACCAUCACCACCUCAAGCAGCUCCACAACUAGUAACUGCGGCUCCACCUGUUCACCAAGUGAAGCCAGCUGAAGAGGUACCUCAACGAGAAAUUCCAGGGCCUUUACCACGCAGGCAGCCGGUUCAAGGUACAAGUUUUCAGUCUAUUUAUGAUAACAGUACUGAUCAAAUAUUCAAUCCAGCAAUAAAUAAUUCAACUGCUCAGCCAUUCGAACCAGCCAUCGAGCACAUAAACCCACAACUUCUGGUUCCUCUAACGAUUAACACUAUCCAUAUUCAUGUUCCCCCAAUGAUAAAAGCAAAAAUUUGGAAUAAUGAGUUUAUCGAAGUAAGCUCUCAGUUGUCAGAGAACAAAGAUAGUGUAAACUCGUCCUUUUUAGUUGUUCAAGAUGGCAAAAUUGUAAGCCAGAAUUGUUCUUUCAGGCCGAAUCGACCAUACCGCUCAGCACAGCAGAGUGCGCCAAGGCCUAUGGGACCUCGCUUCAACGCCUAUAAAAACUGA